CAUUUAUUGCCUAACGUUUAGAUUUAAUACAACUUUUUGAAUCCAUGAGUGCAUCACAUGAUUCACUGAAACUCAAUGCCAACCAAUCAAAGUUGUCGUCUGUAUUGAAGUUAAAGACGAAAGCAUUGUUUGAAAAGCAUUUGCUUUCAGACAAAAGUCGUGUCUUUUCUUUUUGUCAUCAAUUGAUCCAUUGAUUUGUUUGUGACAUUUAUUUUAUUAAAAACAAUUGUCAAUCACUAGUGGAUCACUGAAUUGGAGUGAAGUCAUGUCAAUGAUGAGUAGAUCGAAGGCUUCGUCGUCGACCAAGUCGUCGGAUACGACAAGUUCUUCGUCAUUGUUUGCCUGUCGGCCCAAUCAGGGCAUCACUGGUCGGCCGAUGUCUGUCUUUGCCAAUCAUUUUCCAAUCAAAUACAUGACUGAAAUGCUUGUCUAUCAUUACGACGUGGAUAUGGAGCCGAUGUCCCUAAACUACGAGUUGUCACAAAUGCGAAUGACUGAAGAUACUGACGAUAAGUCGACCAAAAAGCGCUUCAAAAAAUUGGAUAAUAAAAUCUAUCGCAUUGUCGUCGAAGAGGCCAUUAGACAGUACUCAGGUUCGGGACAACUGUUCGACGGUGUUGUCCCCGUAUAUGACGGCCAGAAAAAUAUGUACACAAAGAAAGCAUUGGAUUUGGAAAAGUUUAGUAAAGGCGGCGAUUAUGUGGACGAAAAACCAAUGGUCAGAAUCAAAGUGGAUGUCAAUGAAGACGGACACGACGUGAGCUAUGCUUUGAACAUGAAGUUGGCGUCGGCUAUUGAUUUCAAUAAUCUUCGGCGAUAUUUUGACAAACAGACGCAUAACGUGCCAUCUGAUUGCAUACAAGUCUUGAAUAUUAUUCUAAGACACGGACCAACUCUUUUUAAGAUACCGAUCGCUAACUCACUGUACGCGCCAUAUAAUGAAGCGGCAAAAAUGCGUAAAGACAUCGGUGGAGGUCGUCAGUUGGCCUACGGGUACUUCCAAUCCGUCAGACCUGAAGCCUAUGGUGUUAGUUUAGUGAUUGAUAGGACUGCCACUGCUUUAUACAUUUCGGGAUUAUUGAUUAAAUUUAUGGCCAGUGUUUUGGGUCUAAAUAGAGAGCAAUUUAUGAGUUUAACAGAGUUUCGUGAUUCAGACCGAAAGAGACUCGACAAAGAGCUGAAGGGUAUUCUCAUUCAAGUCAGACAUUUAACUUAUAAACGCAAAUACAAAGUGAUUGGAUUGACUCCUCUGCCGGCCUCUAGAGUUGUAUUUGAUCACAAAAAAGUAGACGCCAGAGGCAAUGAAACGAGUUUGGGUGACAUAUCGGUCGUUGAGUUUUUUCAACAAAAUUACCCAAAUUGUUGUCCAUUAAAGUUUGAACACUUGCCCUGCAUUAUGGUUGGCAACCCUAAAAAGCCUAAUUAUUUGCCAUUGGAUGUCUGCGAAUUGGUCGACGACCAACACGUCCGCAAGAAUCUAACUUCUGACCAAAUGGUGGAAAUGAUAAGAGAAUCGGCUUCACAGUCACCGGAAAAUAGACUCAAAUUCAUUAAAGAAUCGGCAAAAUCAACAAUAAUUGAUUCGAAGACUUAUAUGAAAGAGUUUGGCAUUUCAUUCAGUGGAGGUAAUGCACCGCUCAAAAUUGAGGCCCGAGUUUUGAAACCACCGCAACUGAAAUAUGGCCAAAAUCGUGAUAUGGAUCCGUUUGACGGCAAAUGGGAUGUCAAACACUUACAUUUCUAUCAGUGCGCACCACUCGAGCACUGGAUAAUCAUAUGUCUUUCACAACAGGUGGAACCAAAGAUGGAAACUUUGGAGAGAUAUAUGAUAGAGACCGGUCGUAGUUUGGGAAUGCGAGUCCUUCCGGCCACUAAACGAGUCUAUCUUCGCAACUAUGGUUCCGACACUAUUACUAAUGCAUUCAAAAAGGCCACAGAAAUUACCGGCGGAAGACUUCAACUAAUUGUUUUUGUAAUUAGUCCGAAGUAUCAGUAUUUGUAUGAAUCCAUCAAAAAGGUCGGUGAUAUUGACUUUGGGGUCACCACUCAAUGCAUCAAAGAAGCCAAUCUCAAUAGACUUAAGCCUCCAUUAAUGCAGAAUAUAAUGCUUAAAGUGAACACAAAGUUGGGGGGCAUUAAUGCAGUCCUUAAUAACAUUGAAGUGCUUAAGAAGCGCACAAUGAUUGUUGGUGUCGACUGUUCACAUCCGGGAGUCGGUGACCGAAUGUCACGAUCGGUUUCGGCAGCCGUGGCCUCCAUCGAUGAUUCCUAUGUUCGCUAUUUUGCUACUACUCGUCUUCAACGUAGAGUACAAGACUUGUCUCAAGAACUUCAAGAGAUGAUGUUAGACCUGUUGCGCGAAUACGCCAAACAUAACGACGGAAUACUUCCCGAACAAAUAAUUAUAUAUCGCGAUGGCGUCAGUGAAGGACAAUUCAAUGCUGCACUUCAACAGGAGAUUAAAGGUUUGGCGAGUGUUUUUGCUCAAGAAAAUGAAGGAUAUCAACCAUUAUUGACAUAUAUUGUCGUUCAGAAGAGACAUCAUACCCGUUUCUUUCCGGUUAAUCUUAUGGAAGGCGUUGGAAAGGCUAAGAAUGUACCGCCAGGUCUUGUAGUGGACACAGAUGUGGUUUCGAAGACGUAUUUUGAUUAUUUCUUGUGUUCACACGAAGGAAUACAGGGCACAAGUAGGCCCACACAUUACUUCAUUUUAAUGGACGAAAACAAUUUAUCUGCAGAUCAAUUACAACAAUUGACAUUUAGUUUGACUCACAUCUAUGCCCGUUGCACUCGUAGUAUCUCAUAUCCGGCACCCGUGGCUUACGCACAUUUGGCUGCUUAUCGCACUCAACGACACAUUAUAGGACUUAAACAAAAUGAAGACUCUGAAUCGGGUUCUUAUGGCGGCUCAUCAAUCGGCGGUAUGGCUCCUCCUAGACGUCACCGAAACGAUGAAGAAGGACUUAUGAAUAAAAUGAAGAUUAAAACUGACUUCAAAAACAAAAUGUAUUUUUGUUAAGACAGUAACACAAUUCACGAAUUACUUCAUAAUAAUAGUUUUACAAUUUGUGAUUUAUUUUGAUUAUUCUCAUAUUUUUUAUAUUACUGUAAUUGUUGUGAUUUUUUAACCGGUUAUAAUUUUUUACAAUUUGUAUUUUAAAAUUAAUUUGUGGUUAAUUUGACUAUCUUUAUAUUAAUUGAUCAAUUAUAUAUACAACGAAACAAUUUGAUUGAAUGAAAUGAUUUAAAAAUUAAUUAAUGCAAUAAUUUUAAUGAGAUAUAUGUUUCAAUGAUUUUUGACGAACCGGUUAUAUUAAUUAUAAUACUUUUUUUUGAAUUGAUAUGCUUGUGAUAUGAUUGAUAUAAUAUGAUUGACAGAUUUAUUAACUAUAGUAUAUACUGUAUUAAUAUACAAUUGAAAUAUUACUGUAAUUGAUAAAUGAAACUAUUUGUGUUU